UGUUGCGCCUCUUUCAUUAUAUGCAUUUUAUAAUUUUGUUAGCGUCAAAUAAGAAAAAAUAAAUCAAAUUGCAAAUUAACAAUUACUUAAAUUAAGUAAAUCCAAUACAGAGCACUAGAAAUAUAAUGUACAACGCAGAAUGCAUUCCCAUCAAGGAUAUUAAGCCCGGUUUGAAGAAUAUCAAUGUGAUAUUCAUUGUACUCGAGGUUGGCGUAGCAACAGUGACGAAAGAGAACCGAGAGGUGCGCAAUUUCAAAGUAGGUGAUCCCACCGCCAGCAUUAAUGUCUCCAUUUGGGAUGAGCCCGGCAAGCUGAUUGCACCCGGCGACAUUGUUCGUCUGACCAAAGGCUAUGCGUCGAUUUGGCGUCACUGCCUCACUCUGUAUUCGGGCAAGAAUGGCGAAGUCUUUAAGAUCGGCGAGUUCUGUAUGAUCUUCAACGAGGCGCUAAACAUGAGCGAACCCAAACGUACCGAUCCUCAAGCGGCAGCUCCACAAACUGGCAACAUGGUCGCUGUCCAGACGCCGGUGGCGACACCAGUUGGCGUUGUUGCGGGCGCUGUGCAACCAGCUGUAAAUGCUACGCCUGCCGUGGUGCCGCCAGCGAUUGUGAAGCAAGCAGGACGAGGAGGACGCACUGGAGCAGCGCGAGCUGGCGCAAUGAAGGGAGAUCGACGAUAAGAUGCAAAGGAAACGAACGAAUCUUAGGGCAAUAUUUUAAGACAAAUGCAUAGGAAGGAUAUUAUUAAAUUAUAUGAACAAGUUUAUUGCGAAUUUUGUAGAGAAAACAUAAAACAGAAAAAUAAGGGACGAGAGAUUGACAUACAAAACAU